AUGGCCAGAGAUUCCGAGUUGGUCCGAGAUCUGAAAGCUCGACUUUGCGCGCUGCGGAAGAUGGAGCUGGAGGCGGUGAAGCUGAUUUUCCAGGGCGAAGCGCUGCCAGAGGAUCGGACUCUGAAGUCCCUGGGAGUGGGCCCGAAGGCCACAGGCACCCCUGUUCUGUAUGCGAUUGAGGUAUUUCAAGGUGCAGCCCGUGGCCGGGGCGAAAAUCACGGAGGGCCUGGCUUGAGCGGCUUGAGGGUUGUCAACUUGGCAGGUGGUGAGCUGACUGUUCCUUGCCAAAGUUUCGACACGGUCCUUAAGCUCAAGCUGGCACUCCAGCCGAAGCUUGAGCUGCUACCUGCACUGAUGCGAAUACUCCAUGGCGGUCGUGAACUCCGUGAUGAAGAAACUCUCGACUUCUACGGUAUUGCAAGCACAUCCACGGUUUAUCUUCUCCCAAACUGUGCCAGCGAAGCGCCGGGGGAGCUCCCCGAACCGGAGCCCAAAUCGCCAGUAGAGGGCUUCGGCAUUGCUGGCAUUAACCCAGGCAUGCUUAUCGAGAGGAGGAUCGACAGCUUUUGGUUUCCUGCUAAAGUCCUGAAAGUGACGAAAGACAAUAUUCUGAAAGUUGACAUGCAAUACCUGGAUGACGGGAAUGUUGAGCAUGGUGUUGAUUGGGUGGAAUGCCGCCAUGUAUUGGGAUCCGUGUAA